AGCUGAUAAGCGCUUCAGUGACGUGUUAAUUUGUCUGCUGCAGUCAUUUAAAGACACAGCGUCGUUUCAAAGAGAAUAAGAACGACAACAAACGUCAGACGUUAAAAAAACAACCGAGCCCCGCAGAGUUGUAUUUAUUGGCAGGCGUGGACAAUAAAAAAAAAGCUACUAAACAGAAUCCCGUGUGCUGCCAUGGACAGUGUGAAGAUGGAAUCUGUCCAGAUUAAAGAGGAGCUCCCUGAACUUGAACUUAUCCCCAUUAGAGUGGAGUUCUCUGGGCUGACUUCCCUCCCCAUUAAACAGGAGCUCUGUGAGAUGCAAUGUGACAGCAGUCAGCCAGAGGUCUGUGAGAUUAAAGCUGAGCACAAUGACCUGGAGAUCCCCCAGACAGAAGAACCCCUUCCUGUUAAACAAGAAGAGGUGCUGGAAACUGUCCGUAUUAAACAGGAGCCCCCUGAAGUAGAGUUUGAGCACAUGGAACCAGGGAAGGAAGAAUCUGAGGACUUCAAACCAAACAUCCCUGAGCUGGAGCCUGUACGCCUGCGGGAGUGUAGCGUGGUGCUGGAGAGAAUCUGCGUGAGAGAGCAAGGCGCUGGAGAGGAAGGCUCUCCCAACAGCACGCAAGGAGGUGGAAAGGAAGAUGGGUGCUCCCAUUCAGAAUGCAGUCUAGCAGGUUCCAGUCCAGCAGCUAAAGCGAGGGCGGGUGGUGGAGAAUAUCCUGACUGUGGGAAAGGGUUCACCCAGUUAGGAAACCUGAAAAGACAGCAGCGGAUUCACACAGGAGAGAAACUGUAUCACUGUGCUGACUGUGGGAAGAGUUUCAGAGUUUCAGGAAAACUGAAAACACACCAGCGAAUUCAUACAGGAGAGAAACCGUAUCACUGCUCUGAGUGUGGGAAGAGUUUCAGAGUUUCAGGAAAACUGAAAACACACCAGCGAAUUCAUACAGGAGAGAAACCAUAUUGCUGCUCUGACUGUGGGAAGAGUUUCAGGCAUGCAGACUCCUUGAAAAAACACCAGCGAAUUCAUACAGGAGAAAAACCGUAUCCCUGCUCUGACUGUGGGAAGAGAUUCAGUCAGUUAAGUAACCUGAAAACACACCAGCUAACUCACACAGGAGAGAAACCGCAUCGCUGCUUUGACUGUGGGAAGAGUUUUGGUCGGUUAAGUAACCUGAAAAUACACCAGCUAACUCACACAGGAGAGAAACCGCAUCGCUGCUCUGACUGUGGGAAUAGUUUCAGUGUGUUACAAAACCUUCAAACACACCAGCGAAUUCACAAUGGAGAUAAAACGUAUCGCUGCUCUGACUGUGGGAAGAGUUUCAACAAGUUAGGACAUCUUCAAACACACCAGCGAAUUCACAACCGAGACAAACCCUAAGGACCAUGUUCAUUCAGAAAGAAACAUUACCUUACAUCAGCGCUCCAGAUAAGGUUUUGGGUCUGGGGGUAACUUACCCUCUAAUUUUUAACACUGAGAGUAAAAUGUAUUUUCAGUGGGUAAAAUGCAACAUUACCUUGAAGUCCUGAGUAAUCUCGAUAAAUACUGUACAAUCUUUGAUGCUAAUGGGCAGGCAUUAAAAAAAAAAGCCUUCCAUUUUAACUGCAGUGUUUCUUUGAACUACGGUACAACCACAGUUCUCCAAGGUUCUUUAUCGGCUCAGCACAUUUUUUCCCAGGUAUCACACAGACUCUGCAAAUUCAUUAUGUUAUAUUUUAACAUUAACCUCUUCUGUGCUACGGCAUACCUUGCACGUCAUAACAAGUGCUUUCCCUGUGCUACAGAUAGGAGUGUUGCGAUAUGAUGAUAAAGAUAAUCGCGAUAUGCAUUCUAAUAAUUAUUCUAUUGUCAGUAGUUUCAAAUAUCGCAGUAAUUUUAUAUUUAUGAUUUUACACACAGAGACUCAUCAACUAUACAGAAUGCAAAAAAAACUACAGUAGAAACAUCCAAUAGAUGGCGAUAAUGAUAGGAGGCUGUGUGGUCCAGUGGUUAAAGAAAAGGACUUGUAACCAGGAGGUCCCCGGUUCAAAUCCCACCUCUGCCACUGACUCAUUGUGUGACCCUGAGCAAGUCACUUAACCUCCUUGUGCUCCGUCUUUCGGGUGAGACGUAGUUGUAAGUGACUCUACAGCUGAUGCAUAGUUCACACACCCUAGUCUCUGUAAGUCGCCUUGGAUAAAGGUGUCUGCUAAAUAAACAAAUAAUGUAAUGAACCUUCCACUGGGUUUUAUAUGGGCACAAAAAUCAACAAGAGCAGCGCACAACAAAUGUGGAAGAUAGCGAGAACGACAGAAACUAACUUUCCUCCUAAAAAACAGAUAUAAUCAGUUAUCUGGGAUCAUUCUGGGUUUAAAAAAUGACGAUGGUCAGGUUAUUGAAGAGGGAGGGCCACUUUGUAAAUUGUCGAGCACUUUAUAAAGAAGCAACAUCGGUAAGGAACACAGUAUUUAUUAAAAACAGUCUUAAGUAAAACCAUUUGCGUGUAUAAUAAUAAUCCUAAUGCGUUUUAAGUAUUCCCGUUUUAUGAUUAAAAACCAAAAUGAUAUAUUUUUAUCUACAUAGCUUAAGUAGGACAAACAUUUUAACACUAUUUAAAACACACAAGGAUAUAGUGAGUGUGGUGUGACUCAAACAGGAACGUCAAUAUAUCUGUCUGCUCCCUAAACUCUCAGAGCACACUAUAUCCUUGCGGCUGUUUUCUAAUUAUUUAUUUCCAACUAAAUAUUAGCGUUUUCAAACAUUAAUUUAAUUCACGUCUAUCAUUUUGUUGAUGUACAGGUCAUCAGUAAAGUCAUAAACCCCCUGGGCUCUGACUGUAAGGAGAGGUUCACCACAGCUGGUCUGUAUUGACAUUUUUUCUAUGUAUUCAUUUUCAUAUGCUCAAUUACUGGUACUGGAGUAAAACUAGGCUGACGGAACCAGCUCCAUUUAGAAAUGCGUUUAACCCAUUAAUAGUGUAGCUAUUGGAUUUGGGAAUAAGACAUUUAACACCCUUGAAAUCAGACUAACAAUUAUGAGAAACACGCAAACUAAUCUGGUAAAAAAACUAAACAAAAGCCAUUUAAAAAAAAAAAAAUACAGACCAAUCUUGAUUAAAAUGCACUUUAGUUUAUCUACUGUAAUUGAUACCUAUGUUUCGUCGAUGUUUAAAAAUGGUUCUGAGUUCUGUAUUUAAAAUAUUGAGUGUUUUAUAAAUAUCUGUUGUAUUAAGCACCAUAUUUUUUUUCAAUUUGGUUUAUAAUGUUGUAAAACAUAUUUUAGCUUAAUAAGUAGUUCACAUUUUUUGUAGUUCUUUGUAAAAUAUCAUGCUGUAUCGCAAUUAUCGUGAUAAUACCCCACAGAAUAAUCGUCUGAGAGAAUUUUCAUAUCAUGGUAUACCUGGUACGUUAUGAUUAAAAACAUGGUUUAAAAAAUCUGGAUUGCUGUUUUUUCAUUCGGGGUGGCUCAUUGAGGAGUUAUUACACAACAUAUUAGGUUGGUUGCUUUAAUGUCAUUAUAUUACACAGAUAAAAUAUAUUUGAUGUGAUGCAGUUGUUAAAUGUAAUUUACAGCCUGUUUGAAUGCAAGCAGUGGCCAUCUUUGGCUUGCACUGGAAACAUCCAGAAUGAAUUUAAAACAAUCUGUGUGUAACUUUUGUUUUCUUUUCAAUGAGGAUUGAUAAUAAAAAAAGUUUACCUUUUGAUUAGUAGCUGUUUUAUCGAGCUGUGCUUCAUGAAAUCAGCUUUGAAGUUACAUACGACUAUUUGUCUAUGUCUUGUUUUGUUCAUGUGACAGAGAGGAAGAUACUUCCUGCUCCUGACUGUCAUCGUGUGACACCAUUGUAAUGCACAGAGCGUGUGGAGCUACUGUAUCAUCGUGUGACACCAUUGUAAUGCACCGAGCGUGUGGGAGCUACUGUAUCAUCGUGUGACACCAUUGUAAUGUACAGAGUGUGUGGGAGCUACUGUAUCAUCGUGUGACACCAUUGUAAUGUACAGAGUGUGUGGGAGCUACUGUAUCAUCGUGUGACACCAUUGUAAUGCACCGAGCGUGUGGGAGCUACUGUAUCAUCGUGUGACACCAUUGUAAUAUACAGAGUGUGUGGGAGCUACUGUAUCAUCGUGUGACACCAUUGUAAUGUACAGAGUGUGUGGGAGCUACUGUAUCAUCGUGUGACACCAUUGUAAUGUACAGAGCGUGUGGGAGCUACUGUAUCAUCGUGUGACACCAUUGUAAUGUACAGAGUGUGUGGGAGCUACUGUAUCAUCGUGUGACACCAUUGUAAUGCACCGAGCGUGUGGGAGCUACUGUAUCAUCGUGUGACACCAUUGUAAUGCACCGAGCAUGUGGGAGCUAUUGUAUCAUCGUGUGACACCAUUGUAAUGUACAGAGUGUGUGGGAGCUACUGUAUCAUCGUGUGACACCAUUGUAAUGUACAGAGUGUGUGGGAGCUACUGUAUCAUCGUGUGACACCAUUGUAAUGUACAGAGUGUGUGGGAGCUACUGUAUCAUCGUGUGACACCAUUGUAAUGUACAGAGUGUGUGGGAGCUACUGUAUCAUCGUGUGACACCAUUGUAAUGCACCAAGCGUGUGGGAGCUACUGUAGCUGCAACUUUAUUUAUUUGUUUAUUUAUUUUGUCCUGUGGCGUAAACUCAGUGAUCAGAGGGUAAACAGUUACUGUGAGUGAAACCUCGUAUCUCAGACUUGUUGUGUCUGGUUGAGUUGGUUGGAGAGGAACUGUUAGGCUAAUGAGUUUGAACAUAGGAGUGAUCUAUUUUACAUAUUUUUCAAAUAGUGUAUCUUAUUUUUUUUGUAAUCCCUAUAGUCAUAUUUCUUACUUUUAUAAAUUUAUAUUAGAUCUAAUUUCUUUUUUCUACCGACCCUCAAAAAACUAUUAUUCAUUUUUUGUAUAUUUCAUCUGAUCUUUUUCUCUUCAUUUGAUUUCUUUCUUUUCUUUCUAUUUUUUUUUUAAAUAACAUAAGAAAUUUUAGAACAAGAAAAGACCAUUCGGCCCACCUCUGCUCGCUCGCUUAAUGCAAGCGUGGUCCGUUAACACUCAGGAGAGGAAAAACAAAACCCCCCAAACCAUUUAGUUAGUAGGGGAAAUGAAACCUGUGGGAAUCCCUGGCUAGACGGUCCGCCCUUCCUCCAGACGGCUAGCUAAAGGUCUUAUUAUGAUCACAGAGAGGGUUAUACAGUGUUGUUCAUGACAGCAUCCAGUCUAUUCUUGAAGGAUCCGAUAGUCUUUGCUAUAGCCUGUUCCAAUGGAAUCAGCAUGGGGGGUCUGUAGAUUACAGAGCACAGGAUAAUAUACAAUGCAGUGUGGUAAUGGGAAUAAACAUGGGGGGGCAGAUAGAUUUUGCAAGGGAUUUAUUUACCUUUAGUACACAAAUACAUAACGAUGCAACACAUGCUUUCACUCAAAAAAAUGUUUUUUCUUUCUACAGGACAGCUCCCAGCCUGACUUCUGAAGCAUCCGUAAGAUAAAAUCCUGCUAAAAGUCAGGGCAGAUUAAUAAAGGUGCUGAUGUGAGAACCCUUUUCAAGGCAGUAAAGGCCUUCAACACUCAUCUGUCCACAGGAUCUUAUUUGGGUUCAAUAUAUUCGUCAAUUCUGUGAGCGGGCCACCACUGUGAUGAACGACUGCACGAACCGCCAGUAGUACCCCGGAAUUGACCUAACCUGUUUCUUGGUGGUUGGAACUGGAGCAUUUAUUAGGGUUUAUACUUUGUCAGUCAGAGGCCUAAUCCUUCCAUUCCCUAAAAUAUAACCCAAAUACCAAACUUCCCGUUGCCCUAUUGCGCACUUGCCUGGAUUUGCAGUUAACCCCGGCUGUCUCAAAGAUCUUAGAACAGCAGUCAGCCCUCGCAUGACUUUCCCAGUCAAGGGUCCAUCAAUCUGGGGCUCCGUGCAAUCCAAAAGGCUUUGUCACAGAGCUGGUUAAAACCCUGGAGGCUGGCAAGUUUUUGAGAAUUUCUAAAGUAAAUACUGAUGUUCAGGUAGGCUCCUUGUCAAAUGCGAUGCUGCAAAUACCUACUGACU